CAUCUGAAUUUCUGAUGCACAUGUUGGACUCUCUCUCUCUCUCUCUACGCACUCACAUAAGAGUGGUCAAAUACUCGCUGCACUUCAUAUAGAUGAUGUGAAAAUGUUUAGAGGAUAACUAAAAGGGAUCUCCAUGGCUUUAAUUGAUAGACCUUUCCUAUCUCUCUUGUGCAUAUAUUUAUUUCUUGGUUCCUUAGUUAUUCCUUGCAUUAAAGCAUUAGAAACAAACCCUGAAACUCAGGAAUCUGAUAGAGUAAUUAAUUUGCCGGGCCAACCUUCUAACCCGUCAAUCUCACAGUUCUCAGGUUAUGUCACCGUCAAUAAAGAACAUGGGAGAGCCCUUUUUUACUGGUUCUUUGAAGCUCAAUCUGAAACAUCCAAGAAGCCUCUCCUUCUGUGGCUAAAUGGAGGGCCCGGCUGUUCAUCUAUUGGAUAUGGUGCUGCUUCAGAGUUAGGUCCACUAAGAGUUUCUAAAGAUGGCGCUGGCGUUUACUUCAACGAAUAUGCUUGGAGUAAAGAAGUAAAUUUACUAUUUCUUGAAUCCCCAGUUGGAGUUGGGUUCUCUUACACCAACACCUCAUCUGAUCUCACCAAACUAGAUGAUAAUUUUGUGGCUGAGGAUGCCUAUACUUUCUUGGUGAAAUGGUUGCAAAGAUUUCCCCAAUACAAAAGCCGUGAUUUCUUCAUUUCAGGAGAGAGUUAUGCUGGCCACUAUGUGCCUCAGCUGGCAGAGCUUGUCUAUGAUAGAAACAAGGAUAAAACUAAAUAUCCACUGAUCAAUCUGAAGGGUUUUAUUGUAGGAAAUCCAGAAACCAAUGACUACUAUGAUUACAAAGGCUUGCUAGAAUAUGCGUGGAGCCAUGCUGUAAUAUCAGACCAGAUCUAUGACAAGGCCAAACAAGUAUGUGAUUUCACAGUUUCCAACUGGUCUAGUGACUGCAAUGACGCCAUGAACUUAGUGUUCGAGAAAUACAACGAAAUUGAUAUCUACAAUAUAUAUGCCCCUAAGUGUCUUAUUAACACUACAUCUUCAUCUGUUGGUAGCAAUGAUUUACUAACCAAGGUGAACAAUUACAUGAUAAGAAGGCUUAGAAUCCCUGGAGGUUACGACCCAUGUUAUUCAACAUAUACUGAGGAGUAUUUUAACAGGGCUGAUGUUCAAUCAUCCCUUCAUGCAAAAAAUAGUGGAAAUUCUAGAGGGAAAUGGAGGGUCUGCAACGCUCUCAUUCUGUACAAAUACAAUUUUACUGUGUUCUCUGUCCUCCCAAUCUACACCAAGCUCAUCAAGGGCGGUCUCAAGAUCUGGAUAUACAGUGGGGACGCAGAUGGCAGAGUACCCGUUAUUGGGUCACGAUAUUGUAUUGAAGCUCUUGGACUGCCUCUCAAAUCUGCCUGGCGUUCUUGGUUUCACAACCAUCAGGUUGGAGGAAGGAUAGUGGAGUACGAGGGAUUGACAUUUGUGACUGUGAGAGGGGCAGGUCACUUGGUUCCUCUCAACAAGCCCGGCGAGGCUCUCUCGCUUAUCCACUCUUUCCUGUCCGGUGAACCUCUCCCUACAAGUAAAUAGUUCUUCAUUCUAUUCAAUGGCUCAAAGUGUAAGGCCAUCACCAUUUCUUUGCCCCAUCCACUUAAUUUCUGUCCAUAACACUAUUUUCCCAUCACCAUGAAUGUCUAUCAGAACUAUUUAUAAAGGGAGAAAAGCGUCCCUCUCGGACUUUCUUAUACUUUUUGGGGUUCUCUUAAAAAGGAAGUUGAAAAGGUCUUUUUUGGAGCCCACGAAGUUCGAAGUUAUAAAGUGGGAUCGUUGAAUUUUGAA